AGCGCGGGGUACGCCGGGAGUUGUAGUCCCCUCACGGCGCGGGGCACGCCGGGAGCCAUUGGCCUCAGGGGGCGGUGCUUCCGCUGUCAAGCCCAGCGCCCGGUGCCCUGCGCAUAUGCCUGGGCGGCGGCGGCGGCCUAUCCUGUCCGUACUGGCUGGGCCAUGGCAGCAGCCGGCGCCCCAUCGGGCGGAGGGGCCGGGAGCUCCAAGGUGGCGCCCAGCGUGGAUUUCGAUCACAGCUGCUCCGACAGCGUGGAGUACCUGACCCUCAACUUCGGGCCUUUCGAGACAGUGCAUCGGUGGCGCCGCCUGCCGCCCUGUGACGAGUUCGUAGGGGCCAGGCGCAGCAAACACACCGUGGUUGCCUAUCGGGAUGCCAUCUACGUGUUUGGUGGUGACAAUGGAAAAACGAUGUUGAAUGACCUAUUGAGAUUUGACGUAAAGGAUUGCUCUUGGUGCAGGGCUUUUACCACAGGGACCCCUCCAGCGCCCCGGUAUCACCAUUCAGCAGUAGUCUAUGGGAGCAGCAUGUUUGUGUUUGGUGGCUACACUGGAGAUAUAUAUUCCAAUUCCAAUUUGAAGAAUAAAAAUGAUCUUUUUGAGUAUAAGUUUGCAACUGGCCAGUGGACAGAGUGGAAGACAGAAGGAAGAUUGCCAGUUGCAAGGUCAGCUCAUGGUGCAACAGUGUAUAGUGACAAACUGUGGAUCUUCGCAGGAUAUGAUGGAAAUGCACGGUUAAAUGAUAUGUGGACGAUUGGCCUACAGGACAGAGAGCUAACCUGCUGGGAAGAGAUUGAACAGAGUGGUGAGAUCCCUCCUUCCUGCUGUAAUUUUCCUGUGGCUGUUUGCAAAGACAAGAUGUUUGUGUUUUCUGGCCAGAGUGGAGCAAAGAUCACCAAUAAUCUCUUUCAGUUUGAAUUCAAGGAAAAAAUUUGGACACGAAUUCCUACUGAACACUUACUUCGGGGCUCCCCUCCUCCUCCACAGCGAAGAUAUGGUCACACCAUGGUUGCCUUUGAUCGCCACCUCUAUGUGUUUGGUGGUGCUGCAGAUAACACAUUGCCAAAUGAACUACACUGCUAUGAUGUGGACUCUCAGACCUGGGAAGUUAUCCAGCCUAGUCCAGAUAGUGAGGUGGCCCAUCCAGAAGUUGCUGAGAGGGUAGCUGCCCCAGAAGAAGCUCCUUCCUUCUCCUCAGAAGAACGUGGUUUAAAAAAAUCUCGAGAUGUAUUUGGUUUAGAUUUCGGCAUAACAACAGUUAAACAACAGCCCACAGCAGACUCUGAGCUGCCAAGUGGGAGACUCUUCCAUGCUGCAGCUGUCAUCUCAGACGCCAUGUACAUCUUUGGUGGGACAGUGGACAAUAACAUUAGAAGUGGCGAAAUGUACAGAUUCCAGUUUUCUUGUUACCCAAAAUGCACUUUACAUGAAGAUUAUGGAAGACUGUGGGAAAACAGGCAGUUCAGCGACUUGGAGUUUGUUCUGGGAGAGAAGGAAGACCGAGUCCGGGGACAUGCAGCCAUUGUCACAGCUCGCUGUAAGUGGCUAAGGAAGAAAAUUAUACAGGCAAGGGAGAGAUUGAAACAGAAAUCUAAGCAAGAGAUUGAAGAAGAGGGACAAGCACUGUCCCAGAACGAGGGGAUUUGUGGCAAUGUCAAGCUGUGCUGCCUGCAACCCCUGCUGGAAGUGACAAUCCGAGAAGCUGAAGCUCAGCCCUUUGAGGUGCUCAUGCAGUUCCUGUACACAGAUAAAAUAAAAUACCCACGCAAAGGUCAUGUGCAGGAUGUACUGCUUAUCAUGGAUGUGUACAAACUAGCUCUGAAUUUCAAGCUCUCGCGACUGGAACAGCUCUGCCUCCAGUAUAUUGAAGCAUCUGUAGAUCUACAGAAUGUGCUCAUUGUGUGUGAAAAUGCUAACAAGCUUCAACUGGAUCAACUAAAGGAACACUGCCUGAACUUUGUGGUUAAAGAGUCACAUUUUAAUCAGGUAAUAAUGAUGAAGGAAUUUGAGCAUCUUUCCUCAUCCCUGAUAGUGGAGAUAGUACGAAGAAAACAGCAGCCUCCUGUUCGAACACAUUCCGAUCAGCCUGUGGAUAUUGGAACAUCUUUGAUUCAGGAUAUGAAGGCUUAUCUAGAAGGAGCUGGGAUCGAGUUUUGUGAUAUCAUCCUCCUGUUAGAUGGCCACCCAAGACCAGCACAUAAGGCAAUUCUGGCAGCCCGCUCCAGUUACUUUGAAGCCAUGUUCCGUUCCUUCAUGCCAGAAGAUGGACAAGUAAAUAUUUCUAUAGGUGAAAUGGUUCCCAGUAAACAAGCAUUUGAAUCUAUGCUGAGAUAUAUUUACUAUGGUGAAGUGAACAUGCCUCCUGAAGAUUCCCUCUAUCUCUUCGCUGCCCCUUAUUAUUAUGGUUUCUACAACAACAGACUUCAAGCAUACUGCAAGCAGAACCUGGAAAUGAAUGUUACAGUGGAAAAUGUGCUCCAGAUUUUAGAGGCAGCUGACAAGACACAGGCUCUGGACAUGAAGAAGCACUGCCUACAUAUCAUUGUUCACCAAUUCACCAAGGUCUCCAAGUUGCCAAAUCUGCGAUCCCUCAGUCAGCCACUCCUUCUUGACAUCAUUGAAUCAUUAGCCAAUCACAUAUCAGACAAGCAAUGUGCAGAGCUGGGUUCAGACAUAUAAAACACUUCCAGACCUCUUUCAUUUGUUCCUCAAAGGGCUGCACUUUACAGCUGAAUCCCUCUAUACUGAGCUGCUCAGAAUAUCAACACAAUAAAGCAGAAGACCUGUGAAGAGCAUGAAAAUCUGAACUAUUGCUCUCUUGUGGAUCUGCAUGUAUUUGGGGCAGAAGCUGGUCUCAGCCAUACCAACGUAAAAUUGAAAUAACUGGGAGCAAUGGGUUUAUUCCAGAUUUACCUUAGUGUAACUGAGUUCAGAAUCUGGCCUAUUGCUUUUAUUUUGUAAAAUAUAAACAGUAAUGGAUAAAAGGAUCAUUAAUAUUAUGAAACACAAAUAUCCAGUGGCUGGAAGUUGAAGUCAGCAAUAAUUAAAUUGGAAAUAAAAUGCACAAUUUUAACAGCCCAGAAUACAAAGGCUUUCUAUAUUUUCCAUCACUUGGAGUCUUUAAAUCUAUAUUGGGUGUCUUUCUAAAAGAUAAGCUUUUAUUCAACCACCUUAUUGUGCUGGAUACCGGAAGCGUGAAAUUCUCGGGCCAGUGUUUUGCAGGAGGCCAGAUUAAGAUCAUCAUAAUGGCCCCUUCUGACUUUUAAAAUUUAUUAACCCUAUCCAGUCAAGCCUUCCUGAAAUAAUGUAUUAGUAAAUAGCUACGCUUUUCUGCCUGCAUGGCAGGAAUCACUUUGUUUUAGCUUGGGGGAAAUGAAGCAAAAGGAAGCACUGGAACAAGGGUGUCCAAACUGUGGCCUUUUAAGGUGACUAUGUUAGGAAAGUCCCUAUUUUAUUAUGAAUUGAAGGUAUGCUCCAGCCACAUCCUGUGACCUUCCCCCUCCCUACCGCCCCCCCCCCCCCCGUAACUGAUGUGUUUUCAUCAGCUGUAGUCACUACAGGAAGGUGAAUGAAUCAUAGUUCUGUGAUUCUUGGAUCUCUUCUAAUUAACGGCAGUAAAAGUCUGUUUCCAGCAGAUACCAGAGCUACACACCUGUGCUGUACCAUUAGCUUCACUAUUUCAUAUGUGUGUCUGAAAAGGUGGUUGUUAUUGUGAUGUCCAGUUGCUAUUCACCAGCUCCUUGGUGCUGAGUAGCAGGGUGUUACAUGCUGUUGUCCCUUCAGUUAAUUCAAGGGAUAUGCUUUAUGGAAUGAUAGAUUGUCCUCCCAGUUAAGGACUUGUGCUAGCUGCAUGUGCAGGUGGAUCUGACUGGAGAAGGCAGAGUGACACCUGACAGCAGGACAUGCCCAUUGAACUGAAUUCUAGUAGAUGCACCCCUUCAUAGAAUCAUAGAAUCUCAGGGUUGGAAGGGACCUCAGGAGGUCAUCUAGUCCAACCCCCUGCUCAAAGCAGGAUCUAACCCAACUAA